CAUUGGGUCAGCCAGGGCGAGAAAAGUCAACCCAGUCCUGGACGAUGUGGGACAUACUGGAAGCAAUUCUGAUCCCGAUCGUCGCCAUCCUGUGGACCUUGGAAUGGCCCUGCUCUGAUGGGGGCUUCGUGCUCCUCUUCCUCGUGGUGCUGUUUUGGCAGGUCCAGAGGGGCCGCAUUGGACUGUGGGGGAAGCAGGAUGAGAUCCACAGCCUGAGAGAUCAGCAUCCGGCCCACAUCCCCGUUCACCGCACUGCUUCCAGCCAGUCUCUGCAUUUCCUGAAGGACGCACCGGACAACACGUCGAAUAAAGUUUGGAGGCUGUGUCAAGAACACGCCAAGGAUCAAGCGGAAGUCCUGCGUGUCCUGACAAGAUGCCUGGAGUCAGAAAACCACCAUUUCCAGAAGCACGGCUCACGGCUUAACGCCUCCAAAUCAGCUCACUGUACCUGCAGUUCCAGGAUCCCGAUUCUCCCUCUGGAAGAAUUGCCUGCAACCCUGCAGCUGGAGGAGAAGAGUCGCCAAUACCGGGAGCCGGGCUUUCCGCACUCUGGCCACGCACGGUCGGAGAGCCCUAAAGAAGAGGUCCACAUAGACAGGGAACAUGCCUCCUUUAAGCUGCGGACUGCACCCGAGGCCUCGCCCACAGAGACGGUGUCCCUCUUCCAGCCCCCUCUCCUCAGCCCCAAGACCUAUGGCCUCCUGGAGAGCCAUCUGAAGCGCAUCCACCAUUUCCAGAAAUGGGGGCUGCCCAACAGGGUCGAGAAUUCCCAGAGUCCGAGGGUGCCCGCGACUCCCGCCCACCCCGUCCCCUUGCAGAGGGAACCAAAGGAAUCGGCGUCUCCAACCCAGGGGCAAGAUGACCCAGAGAGACGCAGUCUGGAGGAGGAGACAGAGACUGGGCCCUCCCAUGAUCCCAGGAUUCAACCCACCCCGGACUCUGUGGCCGGCAGUAAAACCUCUCCUCGACCCGCAGAGGCCACAGCAGCUAGUCAGCACCGGAAACUGAUAUCCAUCGACACCGGCGAUCUGGCCUUUGUGCCCAGUGACGCCAAGGAGUUACUGGAGGGCAACAUCAGGAAAAUGAUCGUCCAACACAGGUGGGGACUGCCCAAACGCAUCAUGGAGGCCCGAAGACAGUUUUCACAACCGAAAGGAGGCCGGAAUGCCCAAGAGAAACACAAAAGCCCCGGCUCUUCCUCAAGACAGAGCUCCGUCCAUCAAGUGUCCAGCUACACGGGGCUCGCACUUCCCGAGGACUCAGGAGGAGAGGUCUCGGAAGGGACCGGUGCCGCCGUAAGAGUCCUAAUGCCUGAAGACUCCCGCAGGCUGAAAACUCUGAACCGAGGGAAGGAGGCCCUAGAGGGACACAUGGCCCAAAAAUCCCACCAGCUUCGACAAGGAGAAAUCCCCUCAGUAGUGCACCGUGGUCAGGAUGACACCAACACCUCACCACCACUAGCCCCUCUCCCCCUGCCGGGCCCCCAAGCUCUCUCGGGCUCCGGAAAUCUGGCCCCCAUCUUGGCAUCUUCCCCCACCCCGGGCUCCCUGGAGACCGGACCUCGGAAGCCGGAACAGAGAUUCACUUCAUCUCUGAUGCUGAGGUUGAAGCCCAGACCGCGGGAGGAACAAUUCCUGGUUAAAACCUUGGGCCUGUCUGAGGAAUCAGUUAAGAACUUGGAAUCUGUCUUGAAGCAGAAAUACCUGGACUUCGUCACUGGGUUUUGUCUGCUCUACAACAUGGCCAUGUCCAGUAUGGUUCCUUCAGCAGUCCUUGCCCGGAUGCCAGUGAGCACAGACCACAAACACUGUCCAGAACACACUGCGACAGAUGAACCAGAGGGAGAGAAAUCCGAAGAGCCAAAACUCUCCCCAACUGCGGCCUGCCAAGAGGCUUCACUGGGCAGCGAGGACCGUUGCCAGGCCGAGGAAGUUCGGGACCAAAGGCCUGCCAGUCCAACUGCCCCGGUCUCAGGGCAGGAGAGCAAGAAGCCAGUUCAGUUGUCUGUAUGUUCUUCCAAGACAUCGCUCUGCCCUCCCAGGGCUGCAGGAGACUCGGGAGCUCCAGCAGGGAUCCAGGAGAGGAAGAAUAAUGCCGGCCAAGGCCGCGACAGAGCCCCUGUCUCUGCCCUGGCAGCAAGGGAUGUGGCAUCCACCAGGUCCCGCGGCCCUCAAGUUCCCACGUCGGGCCCAGUGAGGGUCAGCAGGGGUUGCCAGACGUUGCCCAGAGCCGUGAUUUCUGAUAAACUGAAGAUGUGGUUUGGCACCAUUGGCAGAGGCCGGCAGGCGGACAUCAGCGCCAGGGCUCAGCUGACAACCGCCUCGGGGGAGCUAAAGAAGAAGAGCUCUACCUCACUGGGGACUCCCAAGCCGCUCUUCCCCCAGGGUCCCUCUACCCUGCAGCCAGGAUUCUCCACCCUGCUGACCCGUGGGCCUCUCCCCAAACAGCCCCAGACAUCAUCCUCGGGAUAUCUUCACAAAAUAGGCCCAAAGAGGCCCGGGGCCCCCUGAAGUCUGCAAGAAGAUAAGGCCCAUCUGAAGCUUUAUUGGGCUCACCGAGGCACAGUCAUCGGUUUCGUGCAUAAACGUGAUAUCCUGGAAAAUAUACAAA